AUGGAAAACCCAUUAGCAAUAGCAACAGUCGCUCUUGGACAACACCCAUACCACUCUCUCCCAUCCAAAAUCAAAGCAGCAGCACAGCACGGCUUCUCCGCAGUAGAGAUCGUAUACAAUGAUCUGGCCUCUUAUGCAGACUCGAGAUUGCCCAAAGUAACUGUACAAGAUGCAGCAGAAGAGAUUGCAGCUCUCUGCACCGCUUACAACGUUGCAAUAUUAUCCUUGAACCCAUUCAGAAACUUUGAAGGACAUUCAUCGCCACUCAGCAAGCGACUUGAGGCAGCCCGACAUUGGAUCGAAGUUGCUCAACUACUUAAAGCGCAUACUGGGGACGAAAAUGUCAUCAUCCCAGAACUCCAGCACUUGGCAGAUAUGACGGCCGCGAUAGCCCCGGGGUUGAAAAUUUCGUAUGAAGCUGUCGCCUGGGGAGCUUAUGUGUCUACAUGGCAGGAUUCCCUCCGCGUUGUUCAGUUGGUGGGCAGAGAUAAUUUUGGGUUAUGUCUUGACUCGUUUCAUGUUGUUGCGCGCUUGUGGGGAGAUAUCACGACGGAAUCGGGUAAACAAGAACAACCUGGAAAGAAUGUGGAUGAUAUCCUUCAGCAGUCUUUGGACAAGUUUGUAGCAACUUGUCCACUGGAUAAGAUUUUUUACAUACAACUCUCUGACGGUGAAAAAUACUGGCCACCGUUGAGCCCGCAACAUCGGUUCUACGAUGCUAAUUAUCCGUCUUUGCUGAUUUGGUCGAGGAAUACAAGGCCGUUCCCCUUAGAGACCGAGUAUGGAAGCUAUAUGCCUGUAGCUGAGGUAGCAAGAGCCUGGUUGGUGGGAAAGCGGUGGAAGGGCUAUGUUUCAUUGGAGGCUUUUGACUGGAGAAUGAGGGAUGAAGAAAAUGGACCCGAGGAUAACGCGCGGAGGGGAAUGGAGUCUUGGAAAAAACUUUUAGCAGAACUGAAGAAUACAUGA